GUUUUCUAUCGUUUUCUCGCAAGGAUAUUAUGCUACGUAUCGCGUGUUCACCACGAUCGUUUUGACUCGAGGGGCAGUCGACCAUCUCCAGUAAAAUGUUACCGCAAACUCCUGACAUCAUUCCGACGACACUGAAUCAGCAAAAAUGUGUAAAAGCGCGUGCCCUCUACGACAACAUUGCAGAGGCCUCUGACGAGUUGGCCUUUCGGAAAGGCGAUGUCCUGACAGUACUCGAGCAAAACACAUCUGGUCUCGAGGGUUGGUGGCUGUGCGCCCUGCGAGGCAGACAGGGCAUCUGUCCAGGAAAUCGAUUGAGACUUCUGGUUGGCCAAUAUGAUACGGGGGGUUGUUUGGUUGGCAGCAGGGCUGACCUAACCAUUUCUGAAGACGGUAUACAGAGGCAUGGAAAACGGCGUAGCUGGCACGUUCAACCGAACAGGGUGGUGACUCCGCAGAAAUGCGGCGACGUGUACCUUUACGAUCUUCCGGCGAGUCGGGGGAGUCCUGCGCCGCCAUCGAGACACGAUUCACCCUUGAAUUCCAACAACGACCAGUUACACAACACAGGACGUUACACGACGGGCACCAGAAGUUCGGUGGACAACGGCGGCGACGUGAGCGAGUGCUACGACGUCCCGCCACGAGCUGUGCCCGUGAUACCAUCGCCAGCGAGCAGUCCGAGUCCUGCGCCCUCGUGCUACGACAUCCCCAGGCAACCCACCUCCUGCACGCCUAACUCAAAUUGCUCUGGUGGCUCUGGUGUUACGCCUCUCGAUUGCUACGACGUGCCCAGACAGUUGCAGCCCCUCACGCCUAGCAGCUCUGCGUCCAGCCUCACAAACGACGGCUCCCUCAGCGGAUCGAACAGAUCUAGCCUCGCUGCUCCCGAUUACGAUGUACCUCGAUCGCGUCUUCCAGCGUCCUCGUUACCGUCCCGGCACAACACGCCCGUGCCUAAAACGCCAACGCCUCCACCCCCGUCGCAAACCCAGCAGAUCUACGACGUUCCAGCCAACAAGGAGCUUCCACUGGAGCUGGACUCCGCGUUGGAAGGCCUGCAAAGGCUGCAGACCGAGGCUUCGGCGGCGAUAGCCAGGUUACUCGGCUUCGUCAGCCCCGGUUGGAGAACGCCUCAGCGAUUAGACGCGACCCUGAUGGAUCUUAGACUCGCAGCCCUUAGGCUCAGAACCUCCCUCCACGAUCUAGCUGAAUUCGCCGAGGGCACUCUAGGAAAUGCGGGCAAGGCACCCGACAAGGGGUUGGCCUCGAAACUGCGACCCCUGGUCAAGGCCUUACGUGAUUCCGACAAACUCGUGCAGGAAGCAGCCACUGAGCUGGACUCGAUGGAAUGGGACGCGGGGAAGCUCUGUCGCGGGGGUGGUGAUACACCGACACCUACGAACGGGCCACCAUCCACCCUGCUGCCCACACAACCGGAUCCACUCGAUCAGCUGAUCGCGUGCGCCCGUGCACUCACGGAAGACGUUCGUCAAGUCGCCAGUUUCAUUCAGGGUAACUCAACGCUGUUGUUCAAACGAUCGUCGAUCAUUUCGACCGGCAGCAGCAACAACAGCGGCGCAGGUGACGAUUACGAUUACGUAAAUCUCGACUCGAGGGAGGUGGUGGCGAAGCAACGCGAGGAGCUCAGAACGGCGCUGCCUCAGGAACUCCGUAGUAAUUACGACCUGCUUAUAUCCGAGGCGGACAAUGCGACGAUUCAAAUGCCACCCACGACACCGACACCCAUGGAUCCAAACGACAAACAAUUGCUGGCUUUCUACGCCGCCCAGGUGAUCACGCAUGGCAACCACCUGACUCACGCCAUCGACGCUUUCAUGCAAACCGUCGCCCACAACCAACCGCCCAAGGUAUUCCUAGCCCACGGCAAGUUCGUGGUGUUGAGCGCCCACAGGCUGGUGCACAUCGGGGACACAGUCCACAGGAACGUGACCAGGAACGACGUGAGAACGCGCGUGCUGCAAUGCGCGAACGCGCUGAACGAGGCCCUCGGCCAAACCGUGUCAAAGACGAAACACGCCGCUCAAUUCUUCCCCAACGUAUCCGCGGUUCAGGAGAUGGUCGACAGCGUGGUGGACGUGUCCCACCUGGCCAAAGAUCUCAAAGUCGCGAUGAUUCAGGCCGCGCAUCAGCCUUGAACGUCCGAAGAUCAGCUACCAAUCUUCGUCGCGAAAGAAGCAAAACUUAGCCACUCCUUUCGUAACAGGACAUUGUUUGCAAGUUCCUUGGAUCCCGAUGGUCGCCGUGAUUUCUGUUUUAGGAAGUAUCGUCGCUAGUAUCCGCAGACGAUUCGAUAAAAAAAAAAAAAAAGAAAAGGGCAGCUAACCCAGACCUAAACCAUUGGGCCCGAUCGAUAAACAUCGGAUUCUGACGGUAAAGGGAGACUGAUGAGCAAAGGGAUCGGUAAGCAAUAUUAACUCCCGCGAUACAGAAUCUGAGAGUCGAGUAGAGGCUAGAGAAACAAAUUUGGACCACGGAAGAAACGCCGACCUCCCCCCAUCCCAUCCUUUUCGUUCGACUAACACGAAGCCUCCCCCUUCGAUCGCAAUAAAAAGUUCUCGAGGCCUAUCGUUACUUAGAACUACGCAACUGCCAAAGCACAGGUAUCUAGAAUGUAAGGGAACCGAUUUCGGGAUAAGCGUCUUUGUAAUGUACUUGAGAAUAUAGACAAUGUAACCUUUUAUAGGAAACGUGUAACCGUGUCGUUCUGUUAGCUAGAGGUGUGAAAUAAAUUAAACGACGUAACGAGAUAUCGUAGCAUGUUAUAGAACGUAUUUGGAAUGGCUCUUGACGCUUUGUCUACCAGCCUGUAGUAGACCGGUGUUUACAAGUUAAAAGGGAACAUUCUGGAUUGGUAUACAAGGUGUUUUGUUCAACGAUAAAGACUACCAAACCGCGUAUAUUGAUCCAUGCUUUUCAUACUUCUUCCUGAAGGCACUCUAUUAUUAAUUCUUUUGGGCACACUAUUUGACGGCAAUUAUUGUAAUAAAAGAUUUCAUUUAAUCGAGGAUAUAGACGAUGUAUCAAAUUCGAUAGUUUUGGCGUCAAAGAAGAAUGGUUAAAGGGUUGGUCGCAGUCAAGAAGAGGAAAAACGACACUUCUUUGUGAUUUUUUUUCUUUUUUUUUUUAGUUAUUAAAUAAUAAUUUGCAUAAGUAACAAUUAAGUAUAUUAUAAAGCAUGUUUUAAAGAACUAAAAAGCCGAUGACGUAAACGAUGAUUUAAAAACAUAGGUUUGCGGUGAGCAAGAUUUCUUUUCACUGGUUUACCUGAAAACAAAAACAAAGGUAGAUUUCGAAAAUAGAUUAGUCUAGCGGGUCCCUGAACGAAGGAUUUUGGAAAAAAUUAAUUUAAAACAAGAUGGCGUACAUUUGAAAUUGAUUUUCAAUGUUUUCACUAAAAUUAAGCGAUUCAAUAGACGAUAAAAAAAAAGUAUACAAGAAAAUAAAAAAUCCUUCGUUCAGGGACCUGUUAGUCUAAUAUAUUUUCUAGAUCUACCUUUAGUUUCGUCUUCAGGUGCAUCAGUUUGAAGAAAUCUUGAACAUCGUAAACCAAAUGGCCACCCACGCCAUCGCCUGUUAUGACGAAAUGAAUUAACCUUUUCUUAAAACAAAAAUUCUUUUAUAAUUCUUUAAGACAUACUUUGUAAUAUAUUUCCAUUUCAUUGAUAAAAAUUAUUAUUUAAUACCUUAAAAAAAACACACAAGAAACUGUCCGUUUCCAGUUUCCUGACUGCGACUAAUCCCUUAAAUGAGUCACGAGGGGAUGAAGUAAUCCAAAAUGUUUUUACCAAAAUUAUAUAGGGUACAUAAUUUUUGAAAAGUGAAGUAAUUUUUACUUUAAAUGAUCCCUACGAAGAAUUCCCCUUUGUAGCAAACAACCUCUGUAAAAACAUUUUUUUGAUUGUUUCAUCCCCUCCCUCACAAUGAGGUAUUCAACUAUUCCGCUAUAAACGAAACACCCUGUAUAUUAAUCUAGACAGUUGUUUCCUCAAAUCGAGCACUGUAAGUAAACAACCAACACAUUUGCUAGGUUUCCAUAGGUGGACAUUGGAAUUAAAGUGGGUGUAGAAAGUAUUCGUACACCCAUCAAUUUCCAAAAAAACUGUGUAAAAUUGUAAUUUGUCAACUUAUUUUUUAUAAACAAUGACAUUCUACAUAUUCUCGGAAAUCUCUAGAAUAGAUAGAUUACAACAAAAAAAUAGCUAUUUAUGUAAGUUUGGAAAUUAACAAGAAAAAAACCAUUAAUCGAUAGAAAUGUUGAAGCAAUAAAUUAGUGAAGUAAUAUUCGCACAACUGUUUAAAAGUACUUUACUGGAAAUAUGAUGUUUACUAAUUCGCACGGAGCAAUAAACUAAUGUGUUUACGUUACAAACUCUACUGUAAAUGGUUCGUCAUAAGAAUCGUAUAAAUACUUAUUGCUUCUAUACUUUUACCCACUUUUCGCAUUUUUUUUUGUUAAUUUCACAAAUUAUAUUAACUAGUAAAUGUUGUUUGGUCUAUAUCUAUCUUAGAGACUUCGGAGAAUAUGUAAAAUAUCAUUGAUUAUAAAAACAGAAAGUUAAGAAACUACAAUUUCACAGAAAAGUUUUUUGAGAAAUUGAUCGGUAUACGAAUACAUUCUACACCCACUGUAAAAGUUCUACGACUAGGCUACCUGUAGACGAAGUGUCAAAAUCGUCGAUCGUCGUGUCGUCGGCUUGGAUACGAGAUUCAUUUCAAAUGUAAUGCGCCGUUGUCGUUGCCAGCGUGUUUAUUAUUAUCUUAAAUGUGUAUCGUAUAGACGACAGUUUGCAGAGCAGAGACAAGUUUGUACGCGUGACCUUGACUAGACACAUCUUCAUUCGAAAGCGUGUUCGAGUACUACGGCCAAACGGAUACACUGGUUAACUCUUUGGGGCACGGUGGGAUUAAAAGUGUCCCACCUUUUUGAUGGACCGUAAUGCAUGGUGGGACACUUUUAAUCCCACCUCGAAAUUUUGCAGUAGCUGCAUGUGUAUAGGUGUGAUACCUUUAUUAAUAAAAAUAUAACAAUUUUGUUUGAUUUAAAACGCAAUAAAAUUCCUAUGCCACAUGGGUCUAUUUUAUGACCUGAAUUUCUGCGCCGCAAAGAGUUAACAGUAGCCUAAAAAUUGUCAAGAACCAUUGCGCAAAAGAAGCUUCGCGAAAACGACUUAUUGAAAUAUUUACACAAAGGUUUGACUACGUGCAACGCGAAUCUGUCUUUGUACAGGCCGAUUUUAAACAAAUUUUUAUACGAUUUUAUUGCCGGGGUACGACUUUUUCGUGCCAGGCCUUUUUACGGCUCUUCCAGAAACAUCCAACCAAUCACAAACGCACACCAAAGGAUUGCGAAAAGGAAACAUUCGAUUUGUAAACCUUUUACAAUCAUUCCGAUGAUUAUUCGACCGCAUGGCGCUCUCCUUACAAGCGCAACGAAAACAAUAACUUAAAGACAAACAGUACGACUUAUACGCGUUCGUUUUCAUCAAUUAUUGGUCGGCCAAAGUACCUGCCGAUUGUUAAACUUUCGUAAACAGGAUGAGUCGUCUAACACUUUAACCACUGGCCUAUUUAAAAAUAUCCUAGACUUUGGAAGGACAACCUUCUACAUUAUUAUACAUUAAACUAGUUAACUUCUGCAUACUGUUACGAAGUAUACCGGAAGUCUUGUCUGUUUUCAAAAAUCGAGCACUGUAAAUAGGUAAUCAACAACACAGUUAAUAAAUUCCACAAGAUAAUUACUGGAACUAAAAAUAGGAAUUAUAAAUAGGCUCCAGGUAGAUAAAGUGUUAACAGCGUAGACUCCGGAAGCUUUCACGAUCGGCAGGACUUGAAUUUCCGUUAGGAAUACACACGCAUCGCAUUUUACGGGGAUACAGUGAAACUCUUUUUGUUUCACUGUCUCUCCUCGCUUACUUAGGUAAUGAAUUUUAUUGAUACGCUGCCUUUAUAUCUUGAGGGGUAAUCGACAACCGCACAUUUGUAACGCAGCUUUAAGAUUGGUAUAUCAUUUAAAGUAUUAAACAAUGGCCAAUGUAAGUAUUGGUACAGAGCAUGCUCAAAGUAAAACUAAUUGUAGACAACUGGUGUUAUAAACAUUGACAAUUGCCAUAAUAUAACUACCAUAUCAAGUAUAAUAAGAAACAUAAAAUUUGGUACAUUCCAUAACAAAAUAAUAACACAAGUAUGUUUCGUAUAGAAGAUUUCCAAUCGCUUUAUUUCGUAAUUAUUCCGUAAGAGGACUUGAAUAUUUACAACACAUUUGAUGUGUGUUAAUACUUGUAUUUAGAUUUAAACUUAAAAUAUACUUAUAUCAUUAUUUUGUUAUCGCGCGUGUCAGCGUUUAUUCUUUCUUAUUACACUUGAAUAUAAGUUCAUAAGAGCGAUACCAAGCGAGAUAAUAAAGUUAUACGAUACUAAGCAUCUACAACUAGUUUUGUGCCAAUACUUACACUCCACACUGUAUCUUUCGAAGCAUUUACUUUUUCGCCUUUCGAGAUAGUCUUUUGUCUCCUUGUUUUCAAGGAGACAGCUGGAGGAUCGCUGAAACGAGAAGGCCGAGUAUCGAGAUACUUUCAGACGAUCGUCCAUAUUUAGAGUAUUUACCACGAUAGCUUAUAGUUUAUUUUUUAGAGAGUAUAUAAUCGAGCAUAUCGCGUGAACACCGAACCUCGUUUACGAGAAUUGUAUUAUAAUUUAUUGGCGACGUGUUUUUGUAAGAUAACGAGCAUUCAAAGCAGUUAGAAUUACUGUAUAUUUAGAAUUUAUACAUAGUCGAUACUAAUAGGUGCUUAUCUUUCUCGUUGAAACGUAUUCUGAUAAUCGCGACGUAAUAUUAAACAAUUUCUUUUUAUGUCGAAACGUAAGACAUAGAUAUACAUUGUCGAUCGAACGCUUAAGAAAUCUUAUCGUUUCGUGACAUGUUCUUUAAUUUACCCUUUGUACAUUGUACCUGGAACUGUUUCGUGCUGAAAUAUUUUGCAAUUUAGCAAUGUUCUAAUCGUGAAGGAAUUUUACUAACUAUUCAUUAGUUUCGCGUACGACUUGAAUUAUUCGGGUAACGUUGUGUAAAAUUAUACUUUAAUCAGCGCUUAUAAAUUUUAUCGAUCAGAUCGACCAGACUACCUAACGAUUCAAUGGAAGUUCGACUUUGGAUUAACGUGUCCAUUGAACCGAAUCGAUCGUUACUUUAAGAGCGUUUAAUGUGUACAUAAGCAUAUACAUACGUAUGUAUAUUAUAAUUAUUCCUAUACAAUGUAUACAUAAAUACAAUAAUGUAUCAACAAAGCAGUGAAACAAAAGCAUUUAAAAAAUCGUGCAAUGUCAAAUCUUAAGUUUUAAGCAUUGAAUUAUACUCAAAGUUCGUAAAGUAUUUACAAAUAGAGAGAAUAAUUAGACUUGUUUUACAUAACAUAGACAACAAACUUUGGGAAAUAAAUGAAUGCUAAAAGUGUUUUCCUCCAAAAA